AUGCCAUCCAUGCACGGCUUGUCAAUCAAAACCGUAAAUUAUCUGAUCAGAGCACUGCCUGUUGGAUUUCUUACCCUGUUCUCAGAUGCCUGCUGCACUGCAACGAGUGAGCAAGAGCCUUCAGAAAAACAGCUCCAAAGUACUUCCACUCCAGGCAAUGAAUCCGACAACACCUCGGCCAGUUCAAUUUCUAAGUCCAGAGUUUUCAAGGACCCAGAUAACCACUUUACUAAUUUUAUGAAUGAUCCUGAAAUCUCUGAAAUAAUCAAUGAGUAUUUUGAAAGAGUAAAUCUUGCCCAACACGAAGACUAUCUAAGGAAUAAAGGUGACAUUCAUGAAGUUGUGGCAAUGACACUGUAUUGUUAUUUCAGACAUACAAGAUGUAGAUUGUUAAAUGAAGAUGGUAGUCUAAAAGAGGAAGCACUUCAAGAAGCCGUGAACUAUCUAGAUGAGUAUGGACUCGUGAAGAUCUCGGUAUCAAUCUUUGAAUUUCAUCAUUUUCCAACCAAUGCGUGGGAAUUCCUCAUUGAACAUUAUGUAACUGAUGAAUUGAGUAUAUCAACAACGGUAAUUGGUAUUGCUGCACUAAACAGUCCAGAUCUCAAUAAUUUAGCAAAACUAUCUUUGAUUGAUGUUGGAUUGACAAUGAUGCCAUGCUUAUCUGAACUCACAGGUUUUGAAUAUCUCUUUUUGAAUGAUAACCUAAUUAAGCACGUCAGCUUUCAAAAGUAUUUGGAUGCUGAGGCAGAUAAAUACAGAACCAUGCCCAACUUGAAGUAUCUGGACUUGCGUGGAAAUCACAUGUCAAAGAUUGAUGCAACAAUCAAAAAGGUGUUUCCAAACCUACAUACUUUAAUACUCUCGAAAGAUAAAAAAGAAGUAGAGAUAGAUAUGAGUCUUCCACUUAGCGAUAUAAAAAAGAAACUGGAUGAAGUAGGCAUCAAACUUACUGGACUAGACCGGGAGAGUGAGAUGGAUUGGAUGUCUCAAACUAAUUAA